CAGGGAGAGAGAGAGACACAGACCCACAGUGAGAGGAAGGAAGAAAGGCUACAGUCGCUGGCAGCCAAUGUGAAGACCGGACUCCGUGCGCUCCUCGCAGCCUCUGCCCGGCCACAUCGAUGUUGUGUCCGCCGCCCGCUCGCCGGGAUCACGAUGAACGCGCAGCUGACCAUGGAGGCGAUCGGCGAGCUGCACGGGGUGAGCCAUGAGCCGGUGCCCGCCCCUGCCGACCUACUGGGCGGCAGUCCCCACGCGCGCAGCUCUGUGGCACACCGUAGCAGCCACCUGCCUCCCGCGCACCCGCGCUCCAUGGGCAUGGCGUCCCUCCUGGACGGCGGCGGCGGAGGCAGCGAUUACCACCAUCACCACCGAGCCCCUGAGCACAGCCUGGCUGGUCCCCUGCACCCCACUAUGACCAUGGCCUGCGAGACUCCCCCAGGUAUGAGCAUGCCCACCACCUACACCACCUUAACCCCUCUUCAGCCGCUGCCGCCCAUCUCCACCGUAUCGGACAAAUUCCCCCACCAUCACCACCACCACCAUCAUCACCACCACCCGCACCACCACCAGCGUCUGGCGGGCAACGUGAGCGGUAGCUUCACACUCAUGCGGGACGAGCGCGGGCUGGCCUCCAUGAAUAACCUCUAUACCCCCUACCACAAGGACGUGGCUGGAAUGGGCCAGAGCCUCUCGCCCCUCUCCGGCUCGGGUCUGGGCAGCAUCCACAACUCCCAGCAAGGGCUUCCCCACUAUGCCCACCCCGGAGCUGCCAUGCCCACCGACAAGAUGCUCACCCCCAACGGCUUCGAAGCCCACCACCCGGCCAUGCUCGGCCGCCACGGGGAGCAGCAUCUCACGCCCACCUCGGCUGGCAUGGUGCCCAUCAAUGGCCUUCCUCCGCACCACCCCCAUGCCCACCUGAACGCCCAGGGCCACGGACAGCUCCUGGGAACGGCCCGAGAGCCCAACCCUUCGGUGACCGGCGCGCAGGUCAGCAAUGGAAGUAAUUCAGGGCAGAUGGAAGAGAUCAAUACCAAAGAGGUGGCGCAGCGUAUCACCACCGAGCUCAAACGCUACAGCAUCCCACAGGCCAUCUUCGCGCAGAGGGUGCUCUGCCGCUCCCAGGGGACCCUCUCGGACCUGCUGCGCAACCCCAAACCCUGGAGCAAACUCAAGUCCGGCCGAGAGACCUUCCGGAGGAUGUGGAAGUGGCUUCAGGAACCCGAGUUCCAGCGAAUGUCCGCGCUCCGCUUAGCAGCAUGCAAAAGGAAAGAGCAAGAACAUGGGAAAGAUAGAGGCAACACACCCAAAAAGCCCAGGUUGGUCUUCACAGAUGUCCAGCGUCGAACUCUACAUGCAAUAUUCAAGGAAAAUAAGCGUCCAUCCAAAGAAUUGCAAAUCACCAUUUCCCAGCAGCUGGGGUUGGAGCUGAGCACGGUCAGCAACUUCUUCAUGAACGCAAGGAGGAGGAGUCUGGACAAGUGGCAGGACGAGGGCAGCUCCAAUUCAGGCAACUCAUCUUCUUCAUCAAGCACUUGUACCAAAGCAUGAAGAAAGAACCACAAACUAAAACCUCGGUGGAAAAGCUUUAAAUAAAA